AUUUUUAAGCGCAAUUCUUCAUUUGACCAUAAAACACCAAACAAAACAGAAUUAUGUAUUACAACUGUAGAAGGAAUCGAUCAGUCGAUGUGUUUUUACAUGUGCUUAAGACAUUUACCUAAAUGCGUGAGUCUUUUGUACAGCGGAAAUUUUACAUUCUGUAAUCUUUUGACACUUCAUCUGAGUGACAAAAUUCUGAGUUUAACAAGCAACACCUCAGACGAAGGGCGGUGGGAAUACUGGGCAAAUGUUCGAGCUUGUGAUGAAGGCUGGGUUCCUUUCAACGGUCAUUGUUAUUAUCUCGACGAAAGAGAAGCAACUUGGGAUGAGGCAGUGGCUCAAUGUGAACAGAGAACCUCGUACUUGAUAGAAAUGAAUUCCGACUUAGAAAGUAUUUGGAUCACAGAGUCAUUUCUUUUGCCUGUAACUGGUGUUGAAGCAAUAUGUCCUCACUUCUUCAGCUGUUCAGUUUGGGUUGGUGCAAGAAGUGAAUUGCCUCCGGACGAAUUUCUAUGGAAACAAAGCGAAAUGGAAGUUGUGUUUCCUCAAUGGGCGCCAAACCAACCUAACAGCGGUGGUGGUGUCCCUGCAUGCAUCGUUCUUCAGAGAGACGGGACCGGAAAUGACAUGUAUUGUACGAAGACAUUCCAGUUCAUCUGUGAGAAAGAGUAAUACUGUCCAAGA